AUGGAUAAUUCUGAAAUAUGCGAUAGUGUUCCAUCCCAAAAAGAAAAUAAUAAAAUAAAUGUUCAAGCAUAUCAUGAUUUUGACCUGUCAGGAUUUAGUAUCUGUUGGGAUUUUGAACCUGUCGGAAUUUUGGAUCUUUGGGAUUUUGUGUUGCAGGAUUUUGUAUCAUACCCCUAUAUACAAUAA